CCACACUCAACCUCUGACGACAGUAAAGAAAGGCAAAUAAUCAUUUGCUACCCCUCCUUCCCAAAAACGACCCCUCUUCCUCUCUUUCUCUUCCCUUUCCCUUUUUCUCCAAUUUCAAUUCGCCCGCCGAGAGCUGUGGGCACCGUCAAAACGUCUCCCAUCCAAUCCCCCUCCGUGUUUCUUUUCUUUUCUUUCCCCCUCCGUUUAGAUCGAACCGCAGCUGGUCCUGCUUUGGCCUCGCGCCUCCAAUCCUCUUGUUACCGUCCCCGCGUCACCCCUCCGUCCGCUUUUCCUUUCUUCUCCUACCGGAGUUACUCCAGCAAAAAGAAGAAAUCUAACAAGAAGAUGCCUCCCAAGAAGGCCGUUGUACAAGAGAAGGUCCUUCUGGGCCGUCCAGGAAAUAACCUGAAGAGCGGUAUCGUUGGUCUGGCCAACGUCGGUAAAUCGACGCUCUUCCAAGCCAUCACCAAGUCCAACUUGGGUAACCCGGCAAACUUCCCCUAUGCCACCAUUGACCCCGAGGAGGCGCGUGUCAUCGUCCCCGAUGAGCGUUUCGACUGGUUGUGCGAGCACUACAAGCCCAAGUCCCAGGUUCCGGCCAACUUGACCAUCUAUGAUAUCGCCGGUCUGACUCGCGGUGCCUCUACCGGUGCUGGUCUCGGUAACGCCUUCUUGUCGCACAUUCGUGCCGUCGAUGCUAUCUUCCAGGUCGUGCGUUGCUUCGAUGAUGCCGAGAUUAUCCACGUCGAGGGUGAUGUCAAUGCCCCCCGUGAUCUGGACAUCAUCAGCGAGGAGCUCCGCGUCAAGGACAUUGAGUUCGUUGAGAAGGCUCUCGAGGGCUUGCAGAAGCAGACGAAGCGGGGUGGUCAGUCCCUGGAGAUGAAGAAACUGCGCGAGGAGGAGGCCACCGUUGCCAAGGUCCUUGAGCACCUCAAGGCCGGCAACGAUGUCCGCAAGGCCGAUUGGAGUCCUAAGGAGGUUGAGGUCAUCAACCCCCUCCAGCUCCUCACUGCCAAGCCCGUUGUCUACCUCGCCAACUUGAGCGAGAGAGAUUACGUCCGCCAAAAGAACAAGCACCUCCCCAAGGUCGCCGAAUGGAUCAAGGCAAACUCCCCCGGUGAUCCUUUGAUUCCAUUCUCCGCCGGUUUCGAGGAGCGCCUGACCCGCUUCGAGACUGAGCAGGAGGCCCUUGAGGAGUGCAAGAACCUGGGCACCAAGUCUGCACUGCCCAAGGUGAUCACCACCAUGCGUACAUCCCUGAACCUGGCUAGUUUCUUCACCACUGGUGCCGAUGAAGUUCGUCAGUGGACCAUCCGGAAGGGUAUCAAGGCCCCUGCUGCUGCCGGUGUCAUCCACUCCGAUUUCGAGAAGACCUUCAUCCAAGUUAUUGUCUAUAACUACUCUACUCUGCGGGAGUACGGUGACGAAGCCGCCGUUAAGGCUGCCGGUAAAGUCAUGACCAAGGGCAAGGACUAUGUCGUUGAGGACGGUGAUGUUCUCUUGAUCAAGGCCGGUGCCGCUCGUGGUUAAAUCUUAUUUUUAAAUUGUAGACGAUAUGAAUGAAAUUUAAGAUUAUACCGCUUGCA